GACGUCUCCAACGCACUCAUCCCCCGAAAUUCCUCGCCUCGCGCCCAAAGCACGACUCAAAAAUUUCCCCAUCUCCCCCCGCGCACUCUCCCAAAUCCUCCCCUUUAAACCCACCUCAAAUCCUCUCCUACGCCGCACCGAAUUCGAGACCUCCAAUUCCCUCGUAGCAGCAGCACCAGUAGAGUCUCCUUCCUCUCCGGCGGCGAUGUCUGGGCGCGGCAAGGGCGGCAAGGGGCUGGGCAAGGGCGGCGCCAAGCGGCACCGCAAGGUGCUCCGCGACAACAUCCAAGGGAUCACGAAGCCGGCGAUCCGGAGGCUUGCGAGGAGGGGCGGCGUGAAGCGCAUCUCCGGGCUCAUCUACGAGGAGACCCGCGGCGUGCUCAAGAUCUUCCUCGAGAACGUCAUCCGCGACGCCGUCACCUACACUGAGCACGCCCGUCGAAAAACCGUCACCGCCAUGGACGUCGUCUACGCCCUCAAGCGCCAGGGCCGCACCCUCUACGGGUUCGGCGGCUAAGCGCGCCCUCUCCAUCUGGGGGUGGGCCUAGUACUGGUGGCGUUUCUCCUUUGGGUUCCCUGUUCUGUGCUUUCCAUUCUGUGGGAAGGUACCAGAUUCCUAGAUCUAUGUUUCGAUCUGGUGUUUGGUGGUCCAUGUGAUGUCGUGUAGUAGUACAAAGAGUUCAACUCCUAGUUGUAUCUUAGUUGUUUCCCUUGCAGAAAUGAAAUGAUAACUACGAUUACCUAGCAAUUCUUGCGGUUCUUGCUCCCGAUCUUGGAGCUGCUGUGGCCUUUAUUUUUGGUAUGAAUCCUUUAUUGGC